UGAAAGUACGACGAAUUAACUUAGUGAACGUUUCUAUUGUGAGUUGAGUAACGAGGUGAAAACUAACAAGUCAACUAAAUUAAAAAAAAGUAUCAUAGUAUUAAAUUUUUUUUUGGUAUUUUAUUUUUGCUAAUCUUAAAUAUUAAAAUUUAAAUAUGUCUCAAGAAGUUGAAGAAACUUUAAAAAGAAUUCAAUCUCACAAAGGUGUGGUAGGAACAAUUGUUGUAAAUAAUGAAGGCAUUCCAGUUAAAAGUACAUUAGAUAAUACAACAACUGUCCAGUAUGCUGGUCUUAUGAGCCAACUAUCAGAUAAAGCAAGGAGUGUUGUCAGAGAUUUGGAUCCAUCAAAUGAUUUAACAUUUUUACGUGUUAGAUCUAAAAAACAUGAAAUUAUGGUUGCACCAGAUAAAGAUUUUAUAUUAAUUGUAAUUCAAAAUCCAACAGAUUAGAAAAAUUUCAUUGUGCACUUAAAUUUCAGGAAAAAUUUUUCUUAAAACAAAGAAAAGUAUAUAAAAUAUAAAAUAAUAAAUUAUUUAUGAACAGAUUAUUAGUAAAGUAUUGCUUUAAAUUGCACGUUUUCACAAAACGUAAACAGGAAUGAAAUUUUUAAAAUUUUAUUUACAUAUUAUAAAUAUAAAACUGUACACAAAAAUAUUUGCAAUAAAC